CUCGAGCAGAACCAGACUCAUGUUAGACAGCCAUCUGCCUCGACAUGGAUAGGCUCCCGUCGAAAACAGCAUUUUAAUCAGGCACUGAGCUAAACAGCUACAGUACACUCUGAGAGAACAGAGGUAGUUCACGGGUCACAGAGCAGAGGUGGUGGCGGUUGUAGGGCAGGCGACAGAGGGCUGGUUAUGUCGGGGUUAAUGUUUAGCCUGAGGACGGGCAGGUCGUGGCCCUGCAGCCGUCUCUCAGGGCUCAGGAGUCUGCUGCUGCUGCCUCCUCUCUCCGGGAACAACUCGUCCAACAUGUCUUCAGAUGCACACUGGCUCGCUCCUGCAGACCGGGAUCAGAUGGUGAUGGAGCUCAGGGCCACAGGCUGGGUGGAGGUGGAGGAUCGUGAUGCCAUCUUCAAAGAGCUGCACUUUAAAACCUUUAAUCAGGCAUUUGGCUUCAUGUCCCGUGUGGCUCUGCAGGCAGAGAAGAUGAACCACCACCCAGAAUGGUUCAAUGUUUAUAAUAAGGUCCAGAUUACACUGACGACCCACGACUGUGGAGGGCUUUCUAAACGGGACAUCAAACUGGCCAAGUUUAUCGACAAAAUUUCACUGUCCAUGUAAUGUUCCUGUCAUUAUUCAGAGAGUUUCUUCUGUUAAAUGAACAACCUUUGACUGUCAUAAUUAUUCCUUUACAGAAUCUGUUUAUUACUGAUCCAUCAAACUCUUGUCUAGAACACAAUCUGUUAAAAGUAAUCAUAUUUUUCUGUAAUGUAUGAAUGUUGUUUGUGCUUUAUUUUGUACAAACGUUCAGUAAGAAUAAAACUGAUUUUGUCAAACAGA